UUCUCUACAUCCAGUGAUUUUCUUCAUUCCCCGAAGUUAAGGCCCUCUCAAGGACUACCAGUCAGUGAUGAGUUAUUUUUUAGUAGAAAAAGAGCUUCAAGGAAUUUAUUUCAGAAUAGUAUAGAUUUUAACUCCGAGCAUUCUUCUGUCUGUGCGGCAGGUGCUUUGGGCUCUCAUCAGCCGCAGAUUUCAGGGAAGUGUGGAACACUUGGAUACGCACGUGGGAAGAGUGGUAGUGUGGACUCUGAUUUACAAUUCUUAGGAUUAAAUAACUGUCAGCAAGACAAAGUUUUUGCCAGCCUGAAUUUUUCCAGCAAGACCCAGAGAAGUUUUUGCAGUCAAGCAGAGCUCACGGUGUCCUUCCAGGGUCCUAAUGCAAGCCAGGGCACCUUCAUUCUGCCGUCUUACCCUCUGUCCUCACCCAGGAACAGCCCAAAGCACGUCUCUGCUCCAGCUGACUCCCCAAAGAAGUCACCAGACAAUGCCAUGAGCUUCUCAAACUCCUGGCCUCUGAAAAGCUUCGAAGGACUGCCUAAGCCUAGCGCGCAGAAGCAGCUCCUCGGUCACAAGCCAGGAGACAGUACCGGUAGGAAUGUUGUCAGGGGGAGUUUGCCGGAGAAGCGUUCCCCCGUGCAGCUGAAACCCACCCUGGUGAGACACCCAGCCUCCCGCAGGGGCCUGACGGGGGCCAGACCCGUGCCCCCCAUACCCCGCAUGGCCAGCCCGCUGCCCGAUAAGAUUGAGUUGAACCUGGCCAAGUGGAGAAACGAGGAGAGUGAGGACGUGUGGCUGAGUGAUGUGGACAGGAGGCUUGCUGCUGGUCUCACCGAGCUCAGUGUUGAUGGCGAGGAAGUGGACCAAGAAGAGAUGCAGAACUCACUUCGAUCUCUACGAAACAGCGCAGCUAAGAAGAGGGCGAAGCUAAGCAGCAACUUCGCAGAUCUUGAAAGUCCCGAUUCUGCCCUUAAACUGGAUGUGUCUGCGGACUCGCCCUCCCACGCUUCCUCCCCGAGCACGGGCUCCUGCGGCGAGAGCGGAGUUUACAGCCAGGAGUCCCGGGCUUCUCCCGUGUCCGCAGUCUCCCAGAGGAGGAGAAUGAUGUCAGACGCCUUUCCGCUACUUGGCAGCAAAUCACAGCCUGUGAGAAAGAGGGAGCCCGGCGCGGCAGAGGGGAGCUGCGGCACAGGUAUCUCGCUGCGCGCGUCGAAAUUCCGGGUAAUUCAGGGUCUUGCAGAGUCAACGUCUACUUUCCCACAGAUGAGCAAUCUGGAUUGCACUUCACCAAGCGCCCUCUCUGAAGAUGCAGUUGAAAUUGUUGGUGAAGGUGUUUUUGGCAGUCCUCCUUCUGCACGAAAAUGCAGCCAGUCCAUGACGAAUGGAGACGACCCAGCUGUCAGAGAGGAGACUGGGCCACCCUCAGGGGUCUGUGGGAGAAGCAUCCAGCAGGACGGUGCUUCCCAUCUCCAUGCUGAGAAUGAAAGCGAGGUUAAAGUGUCCAUGGCAAAAUCUGCCCAGGAGAAGGUGAGGUGGAAGAAAAAAGAGGAAAAGGAACCCGGUCAUAAAGAAUGCCAGGAAAGCCAAGACACCCAAGAAAAGGAAGGCAGCCCUUGGGAGGGACUUACACUGGAUGAACCAGAGAAAAUGACAACAGAAAAUGAAAUUUCUGCUGCCGCACGAGGACGCUAUAAAGACCGGACCCCGUCGGUCACUCAUAGCCCGGAAGUGAUGGACCCCUCGGAACUGCAGCCCUUUCCAAAACCAGAGGCGGCGCUGGCAGAAGCCUUGACCCUCUUAGCUGAUGAUGACUGGGAGAAGAAGAUCGAAGGUCUGAACUUUGUUAGAUGCUUGUCUGCCUACCAUGCGGCCGUCCUGACUGCAAAGCUACAUGAAACGAGCCUGGCUGUGGCACAAGAGGUCAAGAAUUUACGCUCAGGUGUUUCUCGAGCUGCUGUGGUCUGUUUAGGGGAUUUGUUCACCCACCUGAAAAAGAGCAUGGAUCAAGAACUAGAUAAUACAGUAAAAGUCCUUUUGCACAAAGCUGGUGAAUCCAACACAUUUAUAAGGGAAGAGGUAGACAAAGCACUGAAGGCUAUGGUUAAUAAUGUGACUCCAGCACGUGCACUUUGUUCUCUUAUAAAUGGAGGGCAAAGGUAAUUCUUACAAAGACUUUCUAAAGAAAUAACUUGUGAAUAG